AUGCAAGAGGUUGAAGAUACCCCAUCUGGUGAAAUCGUAUCCAGAAAUCGAUUAAUGGAAAAAAUCGCCGCAUGGUCUCCAGUAGAGAGAGAAGAGAAAGAAAGAAAACUUAUUCGGAAAAUUGAUCUAAGAUUACUACCAAUACUUAUUGUCAUGUACAUUAUGAACUACAUCGACAGAAACGCUCUUCCUCAAGCCAGAAUUCAAGGUCUUGUCAAAGACAUCGGGUUGAAAGGUGUCGAGUAUAACAUUGUUCUUUCUCUUACCUUCAUUGGCUACAUUCUUAUGCAAAUUCCAAGCAACAUGCUUCUGGGAAAAUUUCGACCAAGUCGUUAUCUUUCUAUGGUUAUGAUACUUUGGGGAAUUGUAAGUGGCUGCUCUGGUGCUGUUCAGAAUUUUGGGGGCAUAGCGGCAUGUCGAUUUUUUCUCGGUAUUACUGAGGCCCCUUUCUUCGCCGGGGUUGCCUUUUUAUUCAGUGGCUGGUACACUAGAAAGGAGUUAGGAAAGCGCUUAGGACUUUUCUUCUGUGGUGCAAUGAUUUCUGGAGCAUUUGGCGGGCUUUUUGCGGCUGGAAUAGCAGCAGGAUUCAAGCAUAACCACAUACAUAGUUGGAGAUGGCUCUUCAUUAUAGAGGGUGCUGCAACGGUAGCUUUUGCAGUAGCGACGGCGUUCAUCAUUCCCGACUGGCCAACUACAACGAAGUGGCUAAACGAAGAAGAGAAAAUGCUCGGAAUGAUUCGGCUUAUUGAAGACGUGGGAGAUGAGGAGACCGAGAUAAAGACAUUUGCUGCAUUUAAAAUGGCAUUGACAGACUAUCGUGUAUGGCUCUGCAUUGUUGGUCAGGUAACAGCGGUCGCGUCUUUGACCAACUUUCUGCCGUCUCUUGUCGCAACCUUCGGAUUCUCCACUGUGCAUACUCUCUUGCUUACUGCACCGCCAUACCUCUUCACAGCGAUUUUCUGCCUCUGCAGCUCAUAUCUUUCAGAUAGAACAUCAAGACGUUCACCUUUCAUCAUGGCUCCGAUUGCUGUGGCUGCAGUUGGCAUUAUAAUCACCCUAGUAACGACCAACACUGCGGCACGAUAUUUCUCCCUUUUUCUCAUGUUGCCUGGUUCCUACGGUUGCUUCCAAAUAUCAAAUGCGUGGAUGGCCAAUAUUGGUGCGCGACCCCAAAAGAAGCGUGCCGUUGCGCUUGCAAUGAACAAUGCAUUUGGCAACACGGCCCUUGUGUGGACUCCUUAUCUUUAUCCGUCUACAGCAGCUCCUAAAUACACUGUUGCGUGGUCGGUUAAUCUUGCACUCUGCGUCGUUGUUUUCGUUUCCACGUAUAUACUUAGCUUCUGUCUGAGGAGAGACAAUAAGAAAAUGGAUCAGAUAGAAGCUGCCGAAUUCGUUCCCCGAGACGCUGCAGGGGAAAAGAACGGGAUUAAUACGCGCUACGAGCAUGCAAGAAGCUCCGGUUUUGCUGCUCGUUAUGACAUCUAG